AUGGAUGAAAGCGACGGAAAUAACAACCUUCUUCUCCACAAAGCUGUGAUGGAAGGAGACGUGUUGCGUGUUCGAGAAUUGUUGGAAGCAGGAACUGAUGUAGAUGCCCCAGGCGAUUUUGGCUGGACACCAUUGAAAUUGGCGUGCUACGACGGUCAGCUAGAUAUAGUCAAGUCGCUCGUCCAGAAUGGUGCUGAGAUUGAUGCCGAAGACGAUGUUGGAGUGACACCGUUGCUUGAAGCGUGCCGUGGUUGUCAUUUGGAAGUAGUCAAGUUUCUUUCCGAGCAAGGUGCUGACAUCAAUGCCGAUAACGACUAUGGGUGGUCGCCAUUGCACGAGGCAUCUGAGCAGAAUCAUUUAGAGGUGGUCAAGUGUCUACUCGAUAAUGGUGCCAAUAUUGAUGCCAGAUGCAGCAUAACUGGAAGGACACCGAUUCAUUCGGCAUGUAAGGAGGGUCAUUUGGAGCUAGUCAAGUGGCUAUUCGAUAAUGGUGCUAAUGUUGAUGCUAGAGACGAUGAUGGAUGCACAGCAUUGCAUUGGGCGAGUCUUAGUGGACAAUUGGGUGUAAUCCAGUGGCUUGUCGAGCAGGUAGGUGCUGACAUCCAUGCCAAAAGCGAUUAUGGAAUGACACCAUUGCAUGGGGCAAGUUGCAUGGGCUCUUUGGAGGUAGCCAGGUGGCUAUUUCAUGCAGGCGCCGAUAUAGAUGCCAAAAGCAUUGAUGGGAAGACACCAUUGCAUAGGGCAUGUGUUGGGGGCUAUUUGGAGACAGUGAAAUGGCUCUUCGAAAAUGGUGCUGAUGUCUAUGCCAUCUGUGGCGAUGGAUGGACAGCAUUGCAUUUGGCGAGUCUGUCUGGGAAUUUGGGCGUAGUCAAGUGGCUUCUUGAGCAAGGUUCCGACAUCGAUGCCCGAGACGAUGAUGGAAUCGUGCCAUUGCACGUCGCGUGCGAGGAGGGCCAUCUAGAGGUAGUCAAGCGACUUGUCGAGGAAGGUGCGGAUGUUCGUUCCAAAAAUGAAUUUGGAAUGACACCAUUGAGAGCAGCACGCAAUGCCGGACAUUUGGAGGUAGUCAAUUUGCUUGUCGACAAUGGUGCAGACGUCGGAGCGAAGAAUCUGAAAAAGAUUGUGACUUUUCUGCGGCGUAAAUUUUUGCAUUAUUAG